AUGGCCGGCCCACCGGCGAGCCCGUCCGGCGAAGGCGGCAGCCCCACGGCCGGCGGCAUCGGGGAGGAGCGGGACGUGUUCGUGCCCGUCGCGGAUAUCAGCCGCAUCAUGGGGAAGGUCAUCCUGCCAGACGGGAAGAUCGACGAGGGGGCCCUGCGGGAGCUGGCCUCCGAGUUCAUCACCCGCCGGGCGAGCGGCGAGAGCGACGGAUGCAAGAGGGCGAAGCGGGAGGCCAUGACCGUCGACGACCUGCUGUCCGAGAUGGCGAAGCAGGACAUCGAACCCGUCAAGGCCUGCCUGCACAAGUAUAGCAGAGUGGAGCUACCUUGCACAAUGGAGGUGGAGCCAAACCCCUUGCCCAUGUCUGAUGUCAGGGAUUGGUCUGAGCUCCCACUUGAUGCGCUUUCUGCAAUCUUCAUGAAGCUUGGGAACAUUGAGAUUCUGAUGGGUGCGGGACUCGUGUGCCGCUCAUGGCUGGUGACAGCCAAGUCCCCUGAGUUGUGGCGUUUCGUGGACAUGACGCGCCACAAGGUGGUUUUCUCAAAGUCAGAAAGUGUCAUGUGCAAAAUGGCAAAGGUGGCUAUAGAUCGCUCUGAUGGACGGAUGGAAUCGUUCUGGGCUCAGAAGUUUGUCACUAGCGAACUCCUGAAUUACAUUGCAAGCAGAUGCAACUCAUUGAAGAGCAUUCGGCUCAUCGGCGCCUAUUACUUUUGGGAUGAUGAGAACGUAAUAAUUAAGCUUGCAGCUAAAUGUCCAAUGCUAGAAGAGAUAGAGUACUCUGAUCAGAAGCAGUCAUGGUCCUUUUUCACGGGGAUCGGCGCAGCACGCCCAGAGCUGAAACGUCUAAGAGUCCGUUUGCCUUGGUUCGACUCAGAUUCAAUAUUGCGUGAGAUGAGGAUGGAACAGCGGAACGGUGAUGACGAAGACGAGGAGGAGGAGGAAGAGGAGUCUGAUGAGGCUUGGGAGGCAAGACACAAUGAGGAGGCCUUCGCCAUAGCAGAGAGCUUGCAUGAGUUGCGGCUUCUUCAGAUGGCAGGCUACGGCCUGACCAACAAAGGGGUAUACGCCAUCCUUGAAGGCUGCCCCCACCUCGAGUUCCUCGACCUCAGAGAAUGUCCCCAUAUCGAAGUUAACGCUGAACUCCGAGCUCGCUGUGCCAAUAUCAGGCAUGUCCGGCUGCCAGGACGGGAGCUGUAUGCUCGGUGCCCAGAGCUCCAAACCAUCGAGGCGGAUGAAGGUCAAGUGAUCGAGAUGGCUGAUCUCUAUGAAACGGAGGCUCGCUCUCUGCACAACGAGCCAGCGAUGGACAAUGAUGACUACUCGCUCCCCUCGUCCCCUGACUCGCCUGCCUUGCCGAUGUACUCGAUGGAUGAUCCCAGAUACUACUGGGAGCUGUAAACAGAUGCAGUUGUGCCAUGUUCAGUAGUCCGGAUUGGUCGAGUACUUGGCUGCAUGCAUGAGUAGGCCUGUCUGUCUUGUUGAUCUACUCCAUGGAUGAUACAGAUGCGGCUGUGCCAUGUUCAGUAGUCCAAGUCACCGUCUUAUUUUGGAUCCUGAAUAUUUUGUGUGCAUCCCUGCAGGAGGGCUUUUGAUGUACAAACACGCCAAUGGUGCUUUUGAACCAUCUGCCUCUAGUGUCCGUCUGUGUAGUAUUUGGACGUACGGACUGCUUGUUGUGAGUGUCUGUAGUAGGUAA